AGCCCACCUACUGUCUUAGUCUCGAGACCCCUACCGAACACCAUGCUGUUGUUGUCGUUGAUGCUGCGUGGAGCAAAUGCUGCGAGAUUUGGUGGCCGAUGUAGCCGUUACUUCGUCUUCCUUCUUCCUCCUCACCCUCCCCCUUUUGGCUUUUGCUGGUAGGAAGGACGUCAGUGUGCGGCUGUGACAACCGACGACCUGCCGCCUGCCAUUAGAAAACAUUCUUCCGUCUCCCACAUCGCCAUCUGUCCCCCUCUCGGCGCUCGCUUUGAGAUCGUUGUUUAUUGCGUAACCCCUCGCUGCAGGUCUUUAUUCGAUUUAAUGGUGGCGUAGCGGCCCUGCCUCUUCCUUCUGUACCGCACGCCAGGCAUUUGUUUGGGGAUGCCGAGGACGCUAGUGUUGGGUGCAUGGGAGCACAAGACUCCAAGCCCGUAGUGCCCGACAACCCCUUCCCGUCGCUUUACAACCCAUGAAACCAACGCCCUUUUCUCUUCCUCGCUUUCCCUGUGCGCGGCUAAUGAUCGCUCCUCCGGCUUCUCCUUUCUGCAAGCUGUCGCCUUUUGGCUUUCCCAGCGAGGGAAAAAAAGAGUCUUGAACGAAGAAGCAAGCGAGGAGGAGGAGGAGGAAGAAGAAGAAGAAAAGAAGACUGCGAUUCUGCGUCGGCGCCGCGUCGCUGUCUGUUGCCGUUGUCGGCAUCUGCGUGAUGAUUCGGAAGGUGGAAUUGGAAUAGAAGAAGCGGUACGGUGGGGGAUGCUUACAGCGCAACCAAGCGGGCGACUUCGUCAAGCGCCACCCACCUGAGGGAGCCAUCGGAGGGUGGGGAUUCGCCGAUGGCGGCUCGUGGGUCGACCAACAUCGAUCAAUCAAUGAAUCGGAUUGAGUUUGGGGUCUAAUAUGCAUUCCGAGAAGCUCUUUCUUCUCUGUGGUGACAACGAGCAGAUCGUUCGGCGGCGACGACUGGCGAAGGAAACCGAUCGAUUGUCAGCCGCAAACUUUGUUCUUGAUGACAUUAUAGGUUCAAUGCCAAGAGAAGCUGAUUCUGCUGCCAUCAUUUUACUGCCCUGAAGUGCAUCCCAUACUAAAUGUCAGGGGCUCUUGCGGCAGUUCUAGGAGGUGCUGCAGGAGCCGUGGCAUUGCUGGGAAUACUAAUCGGUUUGAUUCGCUACUUUAUGUUGCGCAAUAGGAGCAUCGCAAGAUCAUCAGACACCAAUUCAUCUGAACUGUCAGUACAAGAGGAACAAAACAUCGAGUUGGCUUUUCAAGGAGCACGAGUUUUUACUCUCAAGGAGUUGGAUGCAGCUACAAAAGAUUUUAGCAAUAUCAAUCUGAUCGGUUAUGGAAUGUUUGGGGAAGUAAACAAGGGAUUUCUUCAGGAUGGAACAAUAGUGGCUAUCAAAAGAAGGGUUUCGGCUCCAAGUCAGGAAUUUAUCGAGGAGGUAUGCUACUUAUCUUCGAUUCGCCAUAGGAAUCUUGUAAGACUUUUGGGUUACUGCCAGGAAAAUGAUCUGCAGAUGCUUGUCUAUGAGUAUGUAUCGAAUGGCAGUGUUUCCACUCACUUAUACGGUGGUAAUCAGGUUUCGAGCAGAAAGCUAGAAUUCAAACACAGACUUUCCAUAGCCCAUGGCGCUGCGAAAGGUAUGGUUCACCUGCAUUCUCUGAAUCCUCCUUUGGUGCACAUGAACUUCAAGACAACAAAUGUCCUUGUAGAUGAGGACUUCAUGCCGAAAGUUGCCGAUGCUGGGCUACGUAGGUUGUUGAAUCGGACAAAUGGUGCUAGUCCAUCUUCUAGAGUGACCACCGAUGAUCCUUUCCAUGAUCCGGAAGUGAAGGAGUCUGGAGGAUUCUCUUUGAAGAGUGAUGUAUAUAGUUUUGGGGUAUUUCUCAUGGAGUUAUUAUGUGGGAGAGAUGUCAGAUCUGAUCAACGACUCAUCGAAUGGGCACAGAACUAUGAGGACUCUAUCGAUAUUUUGACAGUCAUCGAUCCGAGAAUGGUCAGUAGUUUCACCUCAGAAGGCAUGAAAGAGUUCUUGAGGCUGAUAACAUGGUGCCUGAAUCCGUCAAGCGAGAGGAGACCUGCCAUGGAUUAUGUGGAGAUAGAACUUCAACGGAUACGCGAAAAGGAGUUACAGUUGACGACUGUCAUGGGCGAAGGGACGACGACCGUAACUCUCGGAAGUCAGCUGUUUAGGGCAUGAAUAAUAGUCGAUGUAUCAACCUUGUUUUCAUGAUUGUAUAUUAACUCUUUCACCUUGGUUUUGGGAACCAUCAGCUGCAAGUUAAGUGUAUAAAUGGAACAGCUGUGUCAUUCUUUCGAUUUUUUUUCUCCUCCUUCCCAAAAUGUUUGUAGAGUCAUGUCUCUUUGUUUUUAUGUUAGAUCUCAUUUAUAAUAUGAUUGGGUUUGGUGUGGGCUUAUCUGCAGUACAUAUGGAUUCAUAUAAAUUUGUGCCCUUGAAGGCAGCAAUUGCUUCUUCUGCUCUAUUUGGACAGAAGGAUUGUAA